UUUAGGUAACAUCAAACAAGGAAUCAUGAGAUCACUCACAAGCUGUCAAGCUACAGACAUGGACCGGUUGUUUUGGUUUUCUCUCCUGCUCACUCACCUGCCAGUAACAGAGAGCAAUAAAAAAGCAACGGUAAUCUGGAUGAAAACAGGACAAGAUGCCACUCUGCCUUGUGAUCUCAUUUCACCAUGUCCAGAAUGGAGUUAUGAGUGGUUUGUUUUCAAAGAAAACUACCAUCUUCAUCUCAACCUAAUGAGCAACCCGAGCAAAUACAGCUUGGAUAAAGGAUCUUUGCACAUCAUGUCACUCAAUGCUAGUGACAGUGGGAUCUACCACUGUGCUGCAGUAGGGCCUCGUAAAUCAGAAAGAGGCGAACAGUGUGUGGGGAACGGCACAACUCUUGCAGUGAUAGGAGGUAAACCAAUGGCUAGCUACGUUCUGUGGUUAGCACUUGUCCUCUUGGUCAUCUACAGCAUGGCAAUAGUGACACUUAUCAUUUUAAAGAAGUAUCACUGCAAUACAAGCUCCCGCAGAAAAACUAACAAGAAUUACUCAACCAAAAAAACACAAUUCCAAGAUGUGCUUCAAGAAAUGAACAAAAGAAGGAAUUUGGAAAAGAGAAAAGAAACUACAGACGGAAAUCUUUCUCAAGCUGAGGCUGCAAGUACUGAAUUCAACAGCUCACCUGAUGACAUCUAUCAAAAUGUCUAAGUGUCGGUCAAGGAUAUUAAAUGACAGAGUUAGACCUCCAUCAUCCGGACUGAGAGGAAAUUCCCAAGCCACGAAACACCUGACGGAAGGACAUGUAACUGAGGAAAUUAGCAUACCACCAGAGGAUGCAAGUCGGCUGUGUGUGCUUGCUCCCCUUUUCUCAUGAAAUGAGAUAUAAAUACCACAACAAAGGUUCUGAGUCACUGUUCCUUUUCUCUCCAGCUUUUUUUUUUUUUUUUUAAUUUUAGCAGGAUAGUUGGAUAUUUAGGAUGAUAAACCCUCUGGAAGAAAAACACUUUGGUGAAUAGAACUUUCAGGUACAUUUUCGGGAUAUACAGAUCAAAUUGAUCAGAGCAGAAAGUGUGCAAGAGUAGAAAUGAAGCUGUUAGGUCAAACUUCAAGAGAAGGGAUCACAGUAUGGAUACAAGCAGCCUUUUGAUAAUAUCACUUUCCACCAAGAUGAUUUAAUUAUGCAUCAGCACUGUCUUGGCAAAUCACAAAUUUGCAAACAUGUAAAAAUAGUCAUAUUUAGGUUGUAGUUCUGUAGAAAUACAAUUACAUCAAAAAUGCUAGAACCAAAACUCAAAGACUCAAGAUGUAAUAUGACCUCAGAAAGUUUAUCAUUGUCAUGAAAAAAAGGCACAUUACAGCUGACUGUAUAUUUAAAAUAGCCUGUACUACACUAUGUUGAAUUAGGAAAGAAAAAUGUAUAUUUUUUGGUAUUGGAGUGGUUCUUUUUUUUAAUCACCUGUCAACUUAUAAGACAUUUACAGUAAGGCAAUAUUUAAAAUUCUGAUAUGUUUUUGAGGCAUCAUGCAGACGUACUCUGUUCAGUGACUUUCAUCUAUUUUGGUUCAUUGUAAAUGCCCACAGAAAGAAUCCAGAUCCAUAUGGUUAACAUUAGAAUUUAGUUAUACAUUACCAAAAAGAUCAAGACAAAUGUUUAUAUGUACACGUAAUAUGUUCUUUUUUUUGGACAAAUAAAAAGCUGUGAUAUGAA